AUGACCGCCGAAAAAAAUAAGUAUUCUUAUCAAGAUUGUUGGAAAUAUGCGCUUUCUUUACGAGAAAAUAUUGUGAUUGAAACAGAUGAGGAAAAAUUGAAAGUGCUUGAUAUUGGUACUGGUUGCGGUAAUAUUGUAAUUUCUUUAGCUAAAAAUAAACCACAUUGGAGUUUAAUAGGUGAGUUUAAAACUGCAAUUGGAACUGGUACAACUCAGAUUGAAGCUAAUAAAAAUUGUAAGAUAAAAAUAUUAGAGGCUAAAGAUAUUUCAGUAAAACAUGAUACAGCUGUUUCAAAUAUUAAAGCAGAUGUAGAAGAUGAUAAAGAUGCUACUAAAAAACAAACAAACCUAGAUGUUGAAGGAACAUAUAAAAGAGGUUACUUUUUCAAUUCAAUUGAAAUUACUAAAAUAGGUGGUCAAGAACUUAAAAAUAAACUAAAUCUCAGCACAAAAGCUGAUUUUUUAGGGAUGAAUUGGUGA